AUGAAAAAUCUGACCUGGAAAAUUAUCGCAUCCCAGCAGCGCUACAACGAUUUCCAGCGCCUUCUUUGGGAUCAGAUGCGACACAUCGACCAGAGCAAGAUCUUCGAUGACAAACUGUACCGACAAGUUCGGCUCAUGUCGAUUAUCGGUCCCAGUGCCCUGCCUCCGGAUCAACUCGACAGGUACAAUCGAAUCGUGAAUGAUAUGCUGACGAUCUUCAAUGGAGCCCAGAUUUGCGCGUUCGAGCGUCCGUUCGAGUGUGGUUUGCGACUUCAACCGCAUUUGAAAGAUAUUAUGGCCAAGAGUAGGGAUUGGAAUGAACUUCAGUACACGUGGUUGGAAUGGCGACGAAGAUCUGGUAGAAACAUGCGCGAACUUUUCGAGCAGUUGGUUGAUCUGACAAACGAUGCGGCUCGGGUCAACAACUUUACUAAUGGCGCAGCCUACUGGCAGUUCCCCUACGAAUCCCGCGACUUCCGGGAAGAGAUGGAACAAGUUUGGAAGGAAAUCCUGCCACUGUACGAAAUGAUCCAUGCCUACGUUCGUCGAAAGCUGCGCGAGUUCUACGGUCCGGACAAAAUCAAUCGGGACGUCCCGCUUCCGGAUCACAUUCUGGGCGAUAUGUACGGGCAAACCUGGAACAACAUAUUGGACCUGCUGAUUCCGUAUCCGGGCAGAAGUUUCCUGGAGGUUACGCCCGAAAUGGUGAAACAAGGAUACAAUCCACUGGUCAUGUUUCAAAUCGCGGAAGAGUUUUUCGUUUCGAUGAACAUGAGUGCUCUGCCACCGGACUUUUGGCUUACGUCGGUUCUAACUCAGCCCCCGAAUAGACCCGUUCUUUGUCAGCCUUCCGCGUGGGAUUUUUGCAAUGGGAAAGAUUAUCGCUUGAAAAUGUGCACCUCGGUAACGCAUAAGGAUUUCAUCACGGUACACCACGAGCUGGCACAUGUGCAGUAUUUUUUGAACUACAGGAACAACCCGAAAGUGUUUCGGGAUGGGGCCAAUCCAGGAUUCCACGAGGCUCUGGGUGACGCAGUCACCUUAUCGGUCGCAUCACCGAAACAUUUGCAAAAACUUGGCCUGGUACAGAAGAACGUGGACGACACGGCACACGACAUAAACUUUCUGUUCUCGCUGGCACUGGAAAAGGUGACCUUUCUGCCGUUUGCUCUCGCGCUGGAAGCCUGGCGGUACGACAUUUUCGACAAACGUGUCCGAAAGGAGCAGUACAACUGUCACUGGUGGUUGCUUAGGGAGCAGUUUGGAGGUGUUAAGCCACCGUUGCUGAGGUCCGAGCUAGACUUUGAUCCUGGCGCGAAGUACCACGUAGCGGCUAAUAUUCCAUAUAUCAAGAAAUCUCAACGACCUCGGCUGGGAUUGAACUCGGACCCACUGGCGGUGAGUGGCGGUCACGCUUACCAUCCAACCAUCGGCGCCGUCAUGUAA